AUGGAAGAUAGCAAUAAAAAAAGAAGCAAUAGCUUCCGGAAAUUAUUUCCAAGCGUAUUUUUUGCUAAUAAAUCUAAGAACAAGAACCAAAAAGAAAAAAAUGUGCCCGGAGAAUCAUCGAAAGGCAAUCAAAUUGCUCGACUGACUGGCCGAACCGACAAACAAAACCAUACAAAAGAACUUAAGCAUGAGCGCAUUUACGAGAACGUAACUGCACAUCACACUCAAAAAUAUGAAAAUGAUAUUAUAUACCGCGAUAUAUCUAGUAAUAAUUCUUCAAGUAGCACUUUAGUUUCAGAAAGUGUAAAACAUCCAACCAAUCACAGUUCAUGGAAAUACGCAAUUGACAAAAAUGAACUUUACUACACUGCAAGACCUCAAGUACCACCAAAACCAGUAAAUGAAGUUGUGCAUACACAAUCAAACCACAACGAAUCUUCUAAUUCGCAGUACCCAGAUGUUUACUAUCACUCUUUAGAACAUUUGAUAAAUAUAUCAUCUCCAGUCGAAGAAAUUGAAACAUGCAAAGCACCCCAAGGGCUAGAGAAUCCUACUUCUGUUGGUGCAGAAAUUAAGCGGGUUAGCACAAAGUUUCUGAUUUCACCAAAAAAAGAAGCUGAAGUGCGAACAAUACAACCUAAGAGGGCACGAAGCCUGUCUUUUAACAACGAAUUCCCUGAAUUGAGCAAAUCUUCGGUAAUCCCUUGUAAAAAUGAGUUAAAUGUUAAUAAACCAUACAAUUAUUCAGCUCCUACUUCUCCAAUGCCUGUUAGUCAUAAGAUUCCGAAUAUGCCAAAAACUGUAUCUCCUUACGAACAUGUGAGAAAAAUCAUGACGGAGACCGAAGAAAAGAGAAAUUCUUUAAAUAGAUUAAGUAAUCGCAACACAUCCCCAUCCUCUCCUAGAAUUGAGAGUAGUCAUAUAAUCCAGACUCAGGGUACAAUAUCGAGUCCAGUAAAGGAACAUAAACUAGCAGAAGCAGAAAAAGAAAAGACCCGCCAGAAAGUUGAAAUAUUUUACUGGCAAAAACUAAAAGAAUUAAAGGAAAAAGAGGAAGAAUAUUUCCUAAGGCAGUCUAUGAAUACUUUUAUAAGUAGCCCAGACAGAUAUAACACUACCCGUACCCAUUCUAGUUGUAGCACUCCAAACUCUCUAGUAGGUGAACAUAAAAGUCACAGUUUACCGCGAGGAAAGUCUUUAAAUACCUAUACCGUGAAACAAACAGUUCAGUCAAAUUCACCGUUUGUUAGAGGAGCACCAGAAAGAAGAACUGAUACAAAUGUAAAUCCACGUAACUUUGACAUUUACUCUGGUGAUCCAGCAAUAGUGUAUAGACACCCAGAAAAACUGUUUAUACGGACGAUUUCGCCCGGUUCCAGGACAAACAUGCAGCAACAAUCAUUUCCUCGCGAACCUCAAAGCGAUAAUCAAAAUGUUGUUCAACAAACAAAAAGAGUUAGUUUCGAAGAACAGUAUCCAGCGAAAGCCAGGAACACCAUCGAUGUUGUGAGUAGAGAUGCAAGAAAAUCAGUGAAUACAAACAUUCGAACUGCAUACCACGACGUUUUCAGAAAGGGUAAUGGAUCAAAAGAAUCUCAGAAAAUUCCACCGCAACCGCCCGUUCGCUCUUCGAGCGCUCACGGUAAUGUAGCGAUUGUGACUCAGAAGAAAAGUGUUAAUUCUAUUGGUGGAAGUCGGUCAAUUUACUCGGAGUCUGAAAGUGGUUCAGAGGCCGGUGAAAUACAGCGGAUAUUGCAGAGCAAUGCGCAAAAGGAAGAUGACUGGCAUGGCGAUGGCUCCAGAAACGACGGGGGAUUGUCGGACGGGGAGGCCAGCCGGGGGCCGUCGCGCGGGCGCACCUCCCGCCGCGACGACCCUCGCCGACACACGUUGGCCGGCAAUCAUCUCUACGUGCAUCCGCAUCAUAGCGUACCCGGACAACACAAUACCCUGGACAUGGAACGUUACAGGCGUCAGAUGUCUUUGAAUCCACCAGAAUACGCCACAGUGGUGAAAUGCCGUGAGGCAAAGCCGAUUCGAACGAUAGAUCCUCGUAUGAGAAAGCCUCCUCUACCGCGAUACCCACCCCCGACGAACAACUUUCUGUUUGACGAUGAUCCUGGCAUCAUGUCAGAAGUGGAGACGGCGUCAACUGGCUUCCGUCGAGGGGGGAAGCAGCGAUCCUCAUUGCCGGUUGUCCGGACGCCCAGUAAAACACUGGAAAGACCUUUGGGAUUGGUGUUCCUCCAAUAUAGGAACGAAACAAAGCGUGCCCUCCUGCCGAACGAAAUUACUUCGAUAGACACCGUCAAGGCUCUGUUCGUCAGAAGCUUCCCCAAACAACUAACUAUGCAAUAUCUUGAUAGUCCGUUAGUGAAGAUCUACAUACAUGAUUCAUCCAAGGACAUGUUCUAUGAGCUGGAAGACGUCAGGGCUCAUCUACGCGACAUUCGGGACCGCUCCGUUCUUCGUCUCUUCGAAGCUACCGAUAUGGGCGGCGGCGUGUUUCCAGGAGCUGUGGGUGUUGGCUCUCUUGUCAUGCCAUCAGGAGCUGCCUCUUGCAGUGGGCCGAAUAGUUGGGACGCGGAUCAGAACUAUUUUAGCGAGCCUGAAAUAGAAUCUGAUUAUCACCACCAGCACGUCCAUAAGUCGAAGGUCAAGGCUCCAGCCUACUAUAUGGGAGCUUCAGGUCCCACACCCAGCACCCUUCCGCGUGGAGGAUCGUUGAUGCGGGCAUUCUCCCCCGCAGCUCCCCCGGUCCCUGCCGACCGCGUCAAGAACAUCCCCGGCUCAGCGCAUGCGGGAGAAGGCUACAUGUCGUCUCCCGAAAGGGGCGCGUCUCGGACACCGUAUGAAGACCCCUACUACACGCAAUUUCUAGGGCCCGCCACUGGCCGCCCAACCAUCGCUCCAGUUAUUGACGAAGAAACUGGCAAUGAUGUGAUGAUAGAUGACUCCUACCAAAUAUACGGAGUCAAUCCCAUCACCAACGCUCCUCGUGCCAUGCCGCGGUCUCCUUACGACGGAAGGGUCAAUCCCCCAAUCGAUGAAAUGCAGCGUCUUCGUGUCGAGAAAAUGGAAAGGCAGUUGGCCAACCUGACUGGCCUGGUACAAAAAGCCCUUCAGGUACCUGGGUCUACUGCUCCUGUAGUUGCGCCACGUCAGGAGUUCCAAACAUACGUCAGUCGACCUGCGGCACAAGAUGCGGCAAGGUUUCCCAGCACCGAGAGACCCCCCAAAUUAGGGAGGGACAAAUUUCAGAAAUCUGUGUCAUUUGAGAAAUCAGUCUCAUUUUCGGAUGAACCCCCGGAUAUGAGUUCGCCCAAGGCGCACUCACCACAGCAUUCAGCCGAUACAAAGCCAACAAAACCGGCAAUCAAAUCUUCAACUUUGCCGAGGACGUCUUCGCAAGAGCGCGAUCGGCUGAAGCCGGCACCGCCGCCUAAGCCUGCCGGGCUUGUAGGCCCGCAGAUGGCCCUCGUGCCCCAAAGGACCUACAAUAUCAACGUCACUCCGGAGUUUUUCAAUCAGCUUACUGUGCUUCAAAAGCAGAGCCGAGAUUUACGCAUUGAGACCCGCAACCUACGUCGUUCUACUCUGUCGCACGCCAUUCAAAUGCGUCAACUGAUGGCUGAUACUAUAGUCAAGAUCGGGGCCCUCGCAGCCAGCUUUUGCCAGCACGACCCUGAUUCGCAACUCACUCGUGAAGAAGAGAUUUACCGCCAGGAUAUGUUACUCUUGGAGAACGACCUCUAUGAAUUGGAGGCUACAGUGGAACGUCUGAGGGGACAGGCUGCUAAUAGGGAAACCCGAGUGAACAUGGCUGACAUUGAGCGUAUUGCUAUGGUACUCUCCAAAAGCAGCAAGACUGUGGCCGAUUGGAAGCUCAAGUUUCCCAUCCUACAGGACACUAUGAAAGUUAAGCUCGCUUCGGAAAUGGAGAAGGUGGUUCGCAAAGAGAAGAUGCUGGAAGAAGAACCAGAGCGCCUCGAACUCGCCCUACGUCGCUGCAAAAAACUCACUGGAACGCUGGUCACUUUAAAACGGCUUGCUUGCGUUCAAGAGCAACGUCUCCCAAUAACCGACGGACGCAUGGCAGACGGCCGCAUCUCACCGGGGUCCUCUCAGAGCUCCACCUUCACUGGAGGACCUUCCUCUGAAGAAUUUGCUUCUGACAGCACUUGUCCGCAAACCCACAAUAAGGGCGCCGGCAAUUGCGUCGGGCGAGGCGCUGCGGACCGGGGAGCGGAGCUACGGCCAGAGAACGCCCUCGACGCACUUCUAGACGAGCUGCAAACUUUUGCCAAGCCAGCGGAGCGUGAACGUGGUGGCCGUGGCGAAGGCUCGCUGCGCCGCCUGCACUCCUACCCCAGCGGCAGCGACACCGACGCGUCGCCGCCGGUGCGCGCGCGCGGCCAGCACCCGCCUAAGCCACCCGUGCCCGAGCGGCAUCCCGAGCUGCUGGCAAUGGCCGCGCGCCGCGCCCCUCCGCCCCCGCCACCGCGCACCACUUCACGCUCUCCUCUCGCCUCACCCACGUCGCCCACUUCACCACCUAGGCCUGACAACGCUGUGUCAUCCGAUUGCACCUCCGCUGACGACAAAACUCGGCAAGCCGUACUGGAGCAGCGCCACCAAGAGUUACUUAAAAAGCAACGAGCGCUUCAGGAGCAGUACGCCCGCUUACAAAUGAUUCAGAGAAGUGGGCCAACGCUUCCGCCAAACGCGCAACCCGACCUAAAGAAAACUGGCAGCGAAUCGAACUUACUGACGAAAAUGAAUCUGAACCUGGCCCCUGCGCCGAUGUCGGGCAGUAUGACACACCUGGCGGCCGAUGGCGACCGCAAGCCUUCUGCGGAACCGGCUCCCGUCUCCAAUACGCAAACAAUGCAAAAACCCGAAACCACUACGAACAAAAUUUAUGAGACUGAUAUAUUGUAAAUUUUUGUUGCUUUGGUUGUACAUAUUUCGUAAUAUUUUUGUUGAUACAGUCAGUUCAUUAUUAUAAGUAUAUUUUUUUCGUUAAAUGCCAAUUUUAAUUAAAUAAGUACGUUAUUUUGUACUUGGUUUUUUCAUUUGAAUAUUAUGCGUAAAUGAUUGAGCCGGUCAUCUAGAAUGGAAAUUGGGUAAUAAUAUUUAGCGUUCCUUGUGUUUUAGCGAGGUAAACAGUGGGCGGAAAAAGUUAGCAAAAAUUAAUUUGGAAACGGUUGUUUUUCUUUUUUAAAGAUUGUACGUAACACUCAAUGUUUAUCUUUCCAAAAAUACACACGUACAGUAGAACUGAAGAAUCGUUCGAAACUACUCAUAAAUUUUGUUCAGUAGGUGCGAAAUGUGUUUAUAAUUAAUUUUUUUACACAAUAACUGUACACACUUAAUAGGUAUUACUGUUGAUGUUCUUGUACCAACACUACUAAACACAGGGGUUUAGUACCUACUGGUUUUCAGAAAUAAUAAGACAAGAUUACGGUUUUACUAAUAUAUUUGAAUUACAACAAAAAUGCUCGGGGUUUACAAUGGAAUAAAUCUCUGUGAUAUCACAUAAAGGGGCACUCGUCGAACUACAAUUCGGCCUAUCGAAAUUUUACGUUAACAAGGUCAAACCUUCACCAUACACGAAUCUAUUGAUGUGCAAAACCGAUAAUAAAAUAGUCACUACCCGAUAAAUUAGUUAUUUUUCUAAAACGAAAUAUUAACACACAGAAACAUUUUAGGAAUCUCACUGUGUAGUUUUCAAUGAGUAUGAAAUUAAUUAAGCAAUUGACAAAAAAUAAAUAGACAAAAUUCACAAAUAGAACAAAAGUCGAACAGAAACUACCCAUGCUAAAAUUGUCAAAAUGUUUCUCGUACUGAGGGUAGGUACUUGUUUGUUUUGAUUUUGUCAAACCCAAUAAAACGUAGUGAAUGAAGCAAAAAUCUAAUUUUAAAGUAAGAACUUUUUCACU